GCCGUCCUUGCGCAGUGAUGUCACGGUUCAAAGUAAACAGAGAGAGACUUCCUCUGAAAGGAUCCAGAGGAGAGGAGUUGCUGGGGAUGCUGAUCAAGGGAGUAGAUAGAAAAAUCGAGGGAGAGACACAGAGAAAGAGACAGAGAACAAUAUGGUGACGUUUCCCUGCUAAUGUUAGGGAGGAGACCAGUCCAUCCUGGGACAGUGGUGUGCUGAGGAGUUCUGGGUGUAAAAAAACAGGGAUGAGUGCUUGACAGGUCGGAGAAAGGACGAGAGAUAAGAGGAGGAAGACUGAGGAUUGACGAGGCCCCGUUGAGGACAGAGGUUAACCUGCGCUUCCCUGUUCUGAUCUCCUCAGAUUCAACAGAUUUGGGCCACCCAGGAGCGCCAUGGAGCUUAACAUUUCUGUGACAUCAUCACCUCGCAUCAACACUACAUUUUCCACAAUGCAUCUGUGUACAAGCAGCAGCAGUAGUAACAGCUCGGACACUGACACUGACACUGAGAAUUUCCCUUACAUGGCCAGUCUAGCCCACCUAGAUGAGGGUCUUUACAAUGACUACUACAGCCUGUGGAUUACCUUGGUGGUAGUCAACACCCUCAUCUUCCUGGUGGGCAUGGUCCUUAACACAGUGGCCUUAUAUGUUUUUUGCUUCCGCACCAAACCCAAGACCACCUCUGUCAUCUACACGAUCAAUCUAGCAGUCACGGACCUGCUGGUCAACCUCUCGCUGCCCACGCGCAUCAUGCUCUAUUACAGCGGGGGCAAGUGUAUCAACUGCUCCUACGUUCACAUCUUCAGCUACUUUGUCAACAUGUACUGCAGCAUCCUUUUCCUCACCAGCAUCUGCGUGGACCGCUACCUGGCGGUGGUGAGGCUGGAGGCAUCCCGCCGCUGGAGGAGCCCCACCGUGGCCAAGGCCGUGUGCGCCUCCAUCUGGGUGUUUGCCAUCGUGGUCACGUACUCCUUCCUCACGUCCGCCUUCCGCCACACGGGCUGCUGCCUCUCCAAACUCCUCUUCCUCACCGUCUUCGAGUUCUUCCUCCCGCUGGUGGUCAUCGUGGCGUUCACGGCGCGGGUCAUGUGCGCCCUGGCCGACCGGCGGCUCAUGCCGCAGAGCCGCGUCCGGCGGAUGCGGGCCGUGCAGCUGCUCAGCACCGUGCUGGUGAUCUUCACCGUGUGUUUCACGCCCUUCCACGUGAGGCAGGUGCUGGUGUACUUCUACCCCGACAUGCCGCACCGGGUCAUCGUCUACCACCUGACGGUCACCCUCAGCAGCCUGAACAGCUGCAUGGACCCCAUCGUGUACUGCUUCGUCACCAACAACUUCCAGGCCACCGUGAGAGGCUUCUGUCGGCGCGGCGCGGCCGAGGAGAGCAGCGGGGAGAUUAUCAGCAUGCAGAGGAGCUCCAAGGGCUCUGCAGGGGCAGUGACAGCCAUCGCUCACAGCGUGAUGAUGAUCGGCCUGGCCUCGUCGCCCCAGCUGGCCAGUAACCACGCGGUGUAGUGGAGGUGAUUUGGAAAGGAGACCGAUUGACUAUGCUUGCGGACUUAUUUGAAUAAAGUUGUUCUUUGUACAAGUGCUACAGUGAAAUGGGCACCAACCUCGCUGUGUAGCAGAGGUGGUUCUGAGCGACUGAGACUUGUGGAAAGAGUGGGUCCAAUGUCUGUGUUGAUGCCCUACGGGCUUUAGUGGACUCAUGUACAACAGACUUGCCACACUUUGCAAAAACUUUCAAAACAGCACAGUGACAGGACAACACAUAUUGAAAAUCACAAUCUAAUGUAUUAAGGAUAUCAACCUUACUGGGAAUAGUACAUAUACAAAUCGGAUGUGACUUGUUGUACUGUAUCACCUUAUUUAGAUCCAUGUUCUCCUGCAUAGCCAUGGCAAACGUGAACUAGGCCCAAUGAACUAAUUGUUGCAUCAUUCUUAUAGGCUUACAAGUCAUGGGGAACAUCUAGCCCACUGUCAGUACAAUGAACCCACUGUGGACUGUUCUUGCUUUACAGUUUGAUGUGCCAUUUACCAAAUAAUGCCUUAGCCUAUGCAUUACUCCUCUUGGCAACCACAAGAAAAGUUGACAGAGAA